AUGGCGCUCCAUGCUUUGCUGGGACACUCUGCACUACUCAAACUCUCUACUUCUUUUAAUGGCCAACUUCUAUCUUCUUCCUCAAGUUCUCCUUCUUUCGCAGCGCAUCCCGGAAACCAAUCAUUUUCCAAAAAGCAAUUUGUGGUUUUUUCUCGGAAGAUAUCGGGCUUGUAUGAGGCCAGGAGAAUCAGAAGAGAACGUGAACUUCAGGUUGUGAAGAAGGAUAGAAAAGGGCCUUCGUUAAGGCGUGGCGAAGUAUCACCGCCUUUAUCUGUGCCUGAUCACAUACCUAAGCCUCCUUAUGUAGGCUCAAAUAUACUUCCAGAAAUUGCAAGUGAACAUCAAAUUCCUGAUUCCGACGGUAUUGCUAAAAUGAGGGCUGCAUGUGAGCUUGCAGCACGUGUCUUAAACUUUGCAGGAACUUUGGUUAAGCCUUCUGUGACAACUAAUGAAAUUGAUAAAGCAGUGCACCGGAUGAUAAUUGAUGCUGGUGCUUAUCCCUCACCCCUUGGCUAUGGUGGAUUUCCGAAAAGUGUAUGCACAUCAGUUAAUGAGUGCAUGUGCCACGGGAUUCCUGAUUCUCGGCAAUUGCAGAAUGGCGAUAUUAUCAACAUUGAUGUGACAGUGUACCUGAAUGGCUAUCAUGGAGACACAUCAAGGACUUUUUUAUGCGGUGAAGUCAGUGAUGCAUUGAAAAACCUUGUUAAGGUAACUGAAGAGUGUUUGGAGAGAGGAAUAGGCGUUUGCAAGGAUGGUGCUCCUUUUAAGAAAAUUGGAAAGAUAAUCAGCAAACAUGCUGAAAAGUAUGGCUACAGUGUAGUGGAGCGUUUUGUUGGGCAUGGUGUUGGAACAGUGUUUCAUUCUGAGCCGCUUAUUUUUCAUCAACGAAAUGACGAAGGAGGUUGCAUGGUUGAAGGUCAAACAUUUACAAUUGAGCCUAUUCUUACCAUGGGAAGCACCGAUUGCAUUACAUGGCCUGACAACUGGACAGCAGUUGCAACUGAUGGUAGCCCGUCAGCACAGUUCGAACAUACCAUUUUAAUAACUAAGACAGGAGCUGAAAUUUUGACUACAUGUUGA